GCGAGCUUUUUUUUGUUGAGGAAUUCUUGCGUUGAGGUUUUGAAGGCCUGAUUUGAUCAGAUGCUGCCGAGCAAGCUCGAGAUCGGCAGCAUUGCGGCUGCGACAGCGGGUCUCAAGCGCCUCAGGGGAGAGCCAUGCGGGGCAACGAGCGAGUCGCCUCACAAGGUAGGGGAGGUGGGCAGCACGACCCGACCAGAAGGGCAGGCUUCAAGUUGCCGCAGCGCAAUGCCUCACUCCCACGUUGCCGGCCAUUUCUGCCGUUGUGUUGACCGUGGGUAUAUACCGUCUUGCGUGUGUUGCAGAGGCGUUGCUACAAUGUGCCGCUGAUGAAGCCGCCCCUGCCCGCCCCUCCGCCGCAGGGCGAAGUGCCAAUUGCACCAAACUCUGACAACGGGGCCUCGGUGUGUGAGCUGACGACAGUCAGUCAGCCGAUCGUGGCCGCGCGUGUGUAUGUGUGUGUGAUGGUCUUCCUUCGUGUGUGUGGGGCUGUUUGUUUGUUGUCAGGGUCGGCCGGUGCAGGCAGCGUGGAGCAGCGAGGAGGACGCCCACCUGUACCAUCUGGUCAUUACCUGUGGCUCCAACAGGUGGGCAGUGCAGUGCCGCACAGAGAGCAGGCAGCGGCGGCGGCUCGGCUGUGGUUCAUUCAGACAUCCGUGUGCUCUGGCUGGCCUCCCUCCCUCCCUCCCUCCCUCCCUCUGUGUGUUGUGCGUCCGUCAGGUGGCGCGACGUGGCCGCGGCCCUCAACCACAAGUGGCACAACAACAGGACACGUAAGCUCCUCUUGUGUGCUAUGGGCACCCGCCAUUCGGCAUUCCACAUCUGUGUCGGUUUGUUCAGCGAAGCACUGCCGUGAGCGUUGGGUGCUGCACGUCGACCCCACCAUCAAAAAGUUAGUCUCAGAGCCUUGUGUGCACCGACUGACUGGCACACAGGCAGGCAGACACAUGUGGUUGUGUGCUCUGUGCGCCUGCACUGCACUCAGGGGCGAGUGGACCGAGGAGGAAGACCACCUCAUCGUCGCCAAACAACGAGAAUGGGUUCGUCACAGCGAGCCACGACACUUUACUGGUUGUCUGUGUGCGACGGACGUUGCCUGGUUGUGUCGUCUGUGUGCUCACUCACAGGGCAACUGUUGGGCUGACAUCAGCCGUUGUCUGGAGGGCCGUGCGGUGCAGGACGUCAAGAACAGGUGGCACCAGCUGUGGCGGCUCGCGCAGCGACGCGACUUCCAGUCCAUUCAGUUCGACGCCACCGACCCCAAGGAGGACCAACACAUAAGGCGUACGCAAUGCUUCCCCUGUCUGUGUCUGUGCUGUUGGAUGGAUGCCCUUCUGUCUGCCUGGUGUGGUGUGUGUCUGCAGUAUCAGCCGUCAUCUAUAUGCUGCACCAUGGCCACAGCGCCCCCAAGACCACCACCACCACCACCAGCAAGACCAAAGGAACCGCCUCGCCACAAGAAGAAGGAGGAACACCCGGCCCGCUCCCUCCCCUCCCCACACCCCCUUCGAUGCCUCCCCUGCCCUCCCCCUCCCCCGAGCCCUCCCCCUCACUCUCCCCACCCACACACACACACGCCCACGCCACAAGGGGCGGCGGCAACGGCGUGAGCAGCGACUACCUUAACUACCUCUGGGUCAUAUCCCUCUUCGAGGCGCAGCUCAACGCCACUCUCGCCAAGGACAAGGACGGCACCAAGGAUAUUGCUAAUGCUCCUGCUGCUGCUGCUGCCGGCGGUGGGUCGGCAGAUGGAUCAGCUGGUCCGUUGGAGGGAUUGACGGCCAGCGAGCUGAUCGAGGCACAGACGAGGUUUGUGCAGGACUACGUGGGCAGGCAGCUCAGGGAGGGGGGAAGUGGUGGCAGCGGCGGCAGUGGCAGUGGCGGCAGUGGUGGAGGGGACAUGCCACUGCACCCAGGUAAAGUGAGUUGUUGGGUUAGGGUGACUGACGGACGAAUGAACAAUGGCUGUUCUGUCUGUCCGUCUGUCUGUCUGUGUCUGUGUCUGUGUCUGUUGUGUCAGCCUUGCGGGCUCUGUCGUCCUUCUCGUCGGCGGCAUCGGCUGGUGGUGGUGGAGGGGAAGCUUGCAACCACCUCCCCUUCCCGCCGUCACUCUUCCCAUCACCCGACCCACAACACCCACAGCACCCACACCAGCAACUGGAGCGGCGACUCGGUGUCUCACUCUCGUCGGCAGAAGGUGUCAAGGCGGAGAGGGGCGUGGCUACGGCGCCACUGGCCUUGUCGUGACUAAGGACCGGGGGUGUGUGCCCCAAAUGUAUUUAACGGCGGAUGCAUGUGUGCCUGUGUCUGUGUCUGUGUGCGUGUGUGCGCGAACCUCUGUCUCUGCUGCCUGUGAGAGGGUGUAUGUGUGUGUGUAUCGGUGCUGCACGCACGAUUCAUCCGAUUCUACUUACCGAGCGGCCUAUUAUGCCUGUGACCCCGUAGGUCAGAUCAAUCGACUUAUUUGGUUUGCGACUGAUUUGGCUUGUAGUGAGGUGACCGGCGGCCAAGUGAACAGAGCAGAGACAGAACAGGACAGGACAGGACACAGCACGACUAAAGUUUUUCCGCGGGCUAGGCUUGUUUCGGUAUCCUGAGUACGCGAUGGCCCUUGUUGUCUGCUGGCUGGCUGGCCGAUGAGUCAGUCGGUUAAGGUGUGCUCCUAGUGGUAUGUGAUCCGGAUGCCAUCACGGAAGUGGAUAACAACAAUUCAGUGCUGUAUACUUGUCUCUCCUGCACCUUUCUGCUCGUCUGUCUGUUCGUCUGGUGGGGGCGUGUGUUGAUGUCGCGUCGGGUGACGAUGGCAGACGUGUGUUACUCCCACAUGCGGCCGCCUCCGUCACCAGACGCGCCGGCACCGACACACGCCCCGCACCCGGCCAUUGAUGGACACACCGAUGGCUGGAUGUGUGCAUGUGUUUCUCUCUGUCUGUCUGGGUUUGUGCUGGCUGUGUAUGUGUAUGUCUGUUCAUCCAGACCGACCCAUUGAGGCCGGCAGAGAGAGCAAAGACGGUCAUGUGCAUAAAAUUAAGUGUCUUCCCC